AUGUUUAGCAGUUAAGCUCCAAAUACAUUUAUUCCAAAUGCUUAAUCUAGAUAUGUUGUUUCUCCUAGAAUGGGAUAAUAAUCAACAUCUGUUAAUCAUAACAUUCAAUAUAAUCCAUAAUUAUUAGAAUAAGAGGAUACUAAUUCAAAUUCAUCUGAGCAUUUGCAUCAUUUAACUAAACUCUAUUUUAUGAUGUUCAUAUGUUAUUUAAUAGCAUUGUUUAAUUUAGUAUAUUAUUAAUACUAACUAGUUUGAAUUUGAAUCAAUGAACAAUUUCUUUAAUCAAAAUGGAUAUUUUCUUUAUUUAUUUUUAGGAGCCCUUUUGUUUAUAUCAAUGUUGUCUCUUAAUAUUGAUAGUUCAAUACUCUAUUUGAUAUUUGUUAUUUUAUUCUUCUUUUUAUUUGCAUGCAUUAAAGCUGUGAAUAAUAUGAAUGUAGCUUUGAUGAUAAUUUUUACCUAUGGAGGAUAAGUUUUGGCGUAAUUUUUGAGUGUUCUAUCAGCUAAUACUGAGAAAGAUUUAUUAUUGCAUCAAUAAUCUUUAUAUAUAUUGACAAGUGGUUUGAUAGUUUUUUAAUUGUUUCUAACUUGCUUUGAUAUUGAUUUUUUUGAAAUGAUUAUAAUUCUUAUAACAGGAUUUAUUUUUGGGUAUACUAUGAAUAAUUAUUAGAUUUUUUUUGGUGAUUUCAAGUAUGAGUAAAGAAUCAAGAUUUGUUGGCAAUGCUUUACCUGAGAGUGUUAGCAUUUAUACAAGGAUAAUAGUGUAGAUAGUGAAGAAAGGUUAAUAGAUAGCAUCUUUGUAUUAUAAAGAUCCAGUGGAGAUAGAGAUAAAGUUGAUUGAGCGAAAUAAGAAAAUAGAUGAGAAUGAUUAUAAAAUAAUGAAUUAAAGUGAGGCUAAAAAUAAUUAGCAUUUAUUAAUAAAUGCAUUAAAUGGUUUAGAUGGAUAGAUAGGAUUGAGUGAUGGAACUUUUAUAUUUAAGAAAGGAAUUGUUUAAUAUUCAGAUUAUAAAUAUGAGGAAUGUACAAAUUUGGCUAUAAUGAAAUUAUAAUGA